AACUCUAGAAAAGUCUGGGAUUGCGUGACAGAUUCGGUGAAAAUAAUUCGAUCCUCGUAACAUUACAUACAUGUUCAAAGGAACAUUUCUAUACGUACGUACUCUUUCACAAAAUAAUGAAUUUAAAUUGAGACUUCAUCGCCAAGACUAUUGAAUCGAUCAUAGUGACAUCGCUCAUAGGGACAUCGAUCAUAGGGACAUCUAGUCACUUUGGACAUCUGGACACAUUUGGACUUUGGACAUCCAGUCACAAGACACCUUUGUUCGUCAAAUGCCAGUUGAUCCUGACCGGCUGCAUCCAAGACGUCAUCAAAACAGCGAGGAAAUGUUUUCAAAAGGGAAAGCCCGUGAUGCCACAAAUAGAAAAAGAUAAAAAGGUAGACCAACGAGGAAAGCUUCUUGGUGUAAACAGAAGGAUCUUACCUCAGCUUUAAUUAAACUUCUUCGAUUGCGGCGGAGUAAAUGUUGAGGUACCUCUUCGAGCGGCUAACCGGUCGAAGUAAACUAACAUCGUUAGGAUAUCUGAUAGAUGUCAUUUGCAAAACAAUUGUGUUCACGGGAAGCCGGGCAGGGCAAUGAUAAAAGAAAACAGGGAAAGCCCCUCUACUAGGAAUACUAUAAAUAUUCAACCAAUCAAAGGCUUUGUUUGUGUGACGCUUUUGUCUCGGCAGAUCUAUAGAUUGACUGCACUUUGCAUUGUGGAAGCAGUUCCUACUCCAGCAGCUGGCUAGUUCAUUCAGUGAAGCUGAGUUGAGAAGGUCCUGAUCCAUCACGAGGAAACUUUGGUCGCAGAAUGGGCACGAAAAUAGAUAGCAAUAUGGAAGAUGCCGUCAGAGGUAUAAAUGAGUUGUCUGAAGCUGAAAGGCAACAAUGUGAGAAUGGUUUGCAAGACCUUCUAAUGAAGACGGUAGAUGCGCGUGACAAAAUCCAAAUAGCCGCCGACAGUUUUCGCACAGCAGCUGAUACACUUGAUCAGGUAUGGCGGGACUGCAAGAUAGCACACGCUGCUGGAACAACUGGUGGAAUAAUUUCGAGCUGCCUCGCCCUGGCAGGUGUAACAGUGGCGACUGGGGGUGCUGCCACGCCAGUACUAUUGGCUGGACUGGGUUUUGGAAUUGGUGGAGCUGUCACAAACAUUGGAACAAACUGUGUAGAGUCCUCCAUAAAGUCUGCUCAAAUCAAGAAGGCUGAAAAACUCUUGGGGGAGGCUUUAGACAGCAUCAACGUAGUUCAUACGACUGUUCAGAGUUGGCUGGAUAAGAAAGAAAAGAUGAAAAUCUUAUACAUUUUAUAUCUCGCAGAAAGCUUCGAGUUUCUUGACCCUGUUCUGUUAAACCUGCUUCAUGAUAUGGUAUCUACUGCCUUCGGGAUCCCAAUUAACAUCUUGAAAAGGUUAUCUGCCGCCGCAGCCCCUUCGAAGGCCGGAGCGAAACUCUUAACAAACGUCGGUCCACAGGGUGGGAAAGGAAUAGGACAGCUUGCUGAUGACGCAGCACAAGCAGGCAAGACAGGAUUGCAAAUAGCUGAUGACAUGGCUCAAGUGGGAAAAGCAGGAUUGCAAGCCUCUGAUGACGUGGCACAGGCUGGUGCCAAAGCAGGGUCCAAGACGGCAGGAAAAUAUGCUGGUAAGGUCUUGAUUGCAGCUAACAUUGCAUUCCUGAUGGUGGAUUGCAUUGACUUGGGCUUCACGGUCAGAGAUCUUGUUGAAAACAAGGGAUCCGAAGCAGCAAAAGAGUUGAGGAAGAAGGCAAAUCAACUCGAGGAUUUAUUNCAGGAGAAAUAA